AUGCUUAAAAAGAACAACGGACCAAUAAUACAAGUCGAUCGGCUAAUUUUUGAUACAAGAACGCAAACGAGAAAAACUUCAACAGUGCCAGACAGCUCACAUUCAUCAGCAAUCUUAAGUUUUUCAUCGAAACUAUCGAAUAACAAUAAGGAAGAUAUUUCUAAGGUGUCGCAUGUAUCAUUUCCUUUGAAUAAAAUAAAAAUAAUUCGUUUAACAUUUGAUGAUUUAAAUCGCGAAAAAUUAUUUUUCAAAACGAAUGAACAGAAAAUAAACUCAAUCUAUCAACAAUCAUCAUCAAUACUACAAGAGAAAGCUAAAACCAUGACUUCACCAGUUUAUGAAUCAACCGAUGAAAAACGAUAUUCAAUUCAUGUUGAUCAAAACAAGACAACACUUUAUGAUAAUUAA